AUUGCAAUCAUAGCUUGCAUGCAAAUUACCUAUGUACAGAAUCCCUGUACGAGACGCACUGCACUCAGUUACCAUGCAGCUCAGCCAGCCCCUAUCUUCAAUCCAUGACCAUAUAUCCCAUGUACCCCAUCACUGUUCUCCCACAUUGAUCAAUGACCUACCCAGUAACCAGCACCCGUCCCCCUGUAUGUCCUGUCGAUGACGUCACUCGCGAGAUUGAACCGCCGCAGCACGAUAUGGCCAGCGACGGACCACGGUCUCGCCAGGCCGGAAGCCGCGCACACCAUCACACGACGACGGUCCAUCGCAUCGGUAUCAUCCAGAUCGCCGUGGUCGCAGCGCGAGUCGACAGUGAUGCCCAAAUUCUCUAAUGCCCUCGGUCACCGAUCGGCGACAGCGAGGAUCGUCACGGCCGACAUUUGCAGUGAGCACUGUCCUGAGAGCACUGUCUUGUCGCGCACCACGCCCAGAGGAGCCUUUGCAGCAGGAAUGUCGAGAAUGAGCGGUGGAGAUAGCCGCAGCGGAUGGCGGGGUCGGUCCUCUUGUAGCCCUCAGCAUAGGGAUGGCCGCCCGGCAGCUCACCCAACGGCACCACACGAAAGGUCAUGUUGCCAAUCCGAUACUGUCCGUUGCCGGCUUGCUGCAGCGCCAGGCUGCGUGUGUUGUGUGAACAGGUGGCCGAACAGCCGAUAGAUUGCCAUGGCCAAUGGCAGCUGGUGGAAUGCCGUCCUGCUGGGCAGGUGGGCUGUCAGCCACUGAGCCGACAGCACCAGGGGCAGCCCAUUGGCAGGCGUCAGCCGAUAGAUGGCGGCCAGCCGGAUGAGCCGUCCCAUCCCAGGCCACUCGUCGCUGCCCUGCUCCAGCACAUAGGCCGCCCGCAGCACAUAGGUGAAUGGGAGAGGGGCGGUGCGGUCGAUGUCGAUGAGGCCGGUGAGUGGGUGGCGGGCGAGGGAGCCGUCGAUGCGCUCCACCAGCAGAGCGGCGGUCACCAUAGGCGCCUUCGCCCGGCAGGUCCCUCGGACACAGACCGCCUCAUGGACGAGAAGGGACGGGAUAAUGCGCCGGUGCCACAGGUCGUCGGGCACCGAAUCAGACAUCCUGGCGAAGCACUCAGUCAGCACCUUCCAGACAGCACACAGGCACGACACACACAAAGAAGAGCGACUUCCUCCAAGGGCCAUCCCUUCACGGAGAUGUGGGAAUCUUCUCUUACCCAUCCUCAGCUGAGCCUCAUGACUGCAGCAUGAUCAGCAUGAUCGGAGAGAGUGAGG